GUGUCUGGCAGCACUUACAACACAUGUUUCGGCAAGCUUUAAUUCAAUUGUUUUUAUUAUUGUUAAAACACAAAAACAAAACCCCGUUGAUAUACUAAUAUCAAUUUAAACUAUUAAAAUCAUGCUGCAAUUGAGUGACUUUCGAACAGCUUGUCCUAAUGCCCUAUCAGCUGCUUUGGCCCAUGAAGUUUAUAAGGAUCUGUGGAAGGAUGAUAAACCAAAUAAUCUUAAGCCUCUUUAUGAUGAUGAAUUAAAGGAUUUAUUAAUAAGUGCAGAAGAAGACAAGAAAAUCUACCUACCUGUACUUUAUACCAAAGACAUUGACUUUAAACUCAUACAAAAACUGCAGAAAAAACUAAGCAGAAGCUCUAUCUUUCUUGCCAUUGUCGAUAAUACAGGUAACAUAUUGUAUUAUGAAAUCCGUCAAGAAGAAUUUGAUGAUCAACCAUCUACAUCCGCAAGUACAUCCAAAAGAAAACUUCCACCCGAUUAGCCCAAAAGGUUUAGAGCCUUUUUCAUUGUUGAAUAAUAAAGCUACAUACACAGUAUCUGGAUUGCAGUCCAAGGUCUUAACUCUAGAGAGUCUAACACAUAUCUUAACGACUUUCAAAACAUCAAUGCCCGCAAGACUUACAAUAUAUACAUACAUAAUUAAGACUGACA